UCCUCUCAUCUCCGGCUCUCCGCUACAAGAAGUACAGUAGUGCACUAGAGACUAGACAGUCAGCUACAGCUAGUCGAUCGAUCUGUUGAGGAGGCAGGCCGCCAUGGCGAUGCCGCUGCUGAAGGUGUACGCUGACCGCCUGUCGCAGCCCUCCCGCGCCCUCAUCAUCUUCUGCAGGGUGAACCGGAUCGACUUCGAGGAGGUGACCGUUGAUCUCCUCAAGGCCCAACACCUCACAUCCGAGUUCAAGAAAAUCAACCCAAUGGGACAGGUUCCAGCGAUCGUCGAUGGAAGGUUCAAACUCUAUGAAAGCCAUGCCAUUUUGAGGUAUCUUGCCACGGUCUUCCCUGGGGUUCCAGACCACUGGUACCCAACGGACUUGUUUACCAGAGCAAAAAUCGAGUCCAUCUUGGAUUGGCAUCACUCAAAUUUGCGCCGUGGUGCAGCAACCUUUGUACUGCACACCGUGUUGGCUCCUUUUUUUGGUCUUACACCAAAUCCCGAGUCUGCAAAAGAGGCCGAGAAACUGCUGGUGAGGUCACUGAAAACAAUCGAAUCGGAAUGGCUCAAAGGUGACGCAAAAUUCUUACAUGGCAACCCGCAGCCGUCGAUUGCGGAUCUCAGCCUUGUGUGCGAGAUAACGCAGUUGGAGCUGGUGGGUGAUGAGAGACGUGACAGGAUCCUGGGACCUCGCGAGAAAAUCCUUGCUUGGAUGGAGAACAUGAAGAAGGCCACCAGCCCUCAUUUCGAGGAUGCCCACGAGCACAUGUUCAAAGUGACGGCGCGCUUGUCAUCUGCUGCUGGUGUGAAAACGCCGUCCAAGCUCUGAACAGAUUCAAACCUUGUUGUUUGCAAACGAAGAAAAUAGUACAUAUACGACGAGGAAAGGACAAGAGCACUAGUUGCAUUGUAAGAAAAUGUACCUGCCUCGCUGCUGUCUCCUCUUUUGUGCCGGCUAUGAAUUUUGGGCAACGAAAGCUUAUGACAUUUAUAUGACUCAAAAAAAUAAAAAGCUUAUGACAUUUCAAUUUA